UUUAAUUUAAGAUUAAAGUUGAUAAAAAACGUCCACAAUGCUGCCAAUUUGCCGUGCGUGCGGGGGCAGCCUAAUUAAUGAAGACGAAUGCGUUAGUCUGGAAAAAUACAUCGACAUCUACUUUCACCUGACUUCUAUUAAGCUUCAGGAUCACGAAGACCCAAGUCAUUCGAAGGUUUGUCCUUCUUGUAUUGUAAAAUUGGACGAUUUUGAGUGCUUCCGGAACAUCUGUCUUCAAGUUCAUUGGUCACUGUACAAUUGUAUCAAAGUUGAAGCAGCAGAUGUUGGAAGUGAUCAAGAGCUGAUCGUUGAGGUUGAGUGUAAACCGGAAUGUCCAGAAGAGGACAAAAAGCAACAUUAUACUGAUGAUAGAGUCUUAAACGAUACAAGUAACAGGGAAGAGGCAACAAAAAGCGGUGAAGAAUCAAGUAAGUCGGCUGAGGAGAGCAAUAAAGAUGAAGAUUAUCUGCCUGAGACGGCUGGAAAUGAUUACAACAAAUCUCGAAAAACGAGAAAAAAGUGCGUUAAAAAUGUUAAACUGAAAACGGAUUAUCCAAAAGAACACCGAGCCACAUUUAACUGUGAUCAGUGUCCAAAAAGAUUCAUGCUCCAACAGAGACUGGAGGCGCAUAAACGCACUCACAAAGGACUCAAACCUUACGAGUGUGAAAUAUGCCAGCGAACAUUUGCGGGUUUUACCUAUCUUCUAUUCCACCGCAGUCAGAAACACAGUGGCGAAAAAGUGUUCCUACCGUGUGAACAUCCAGGUUGUGAGCAGCAGUUCUCCACCCGCUAUGCGUUAAAGCGUCACACACAACGCGUUCACGAUCCAACCUUUGUACCGGAAAUUACAAUCUUCGUCUGCGAUACGUGUGGAAAAACAUUUGCUUCCAAAGGUAAUUUGAAAAAACAUCAGUAUACGCACACACCGAGUGAAAUGCCGUUCGUAUGUGGGAUUUGUUCGAAACAAUUUCCUACCUCGAACAAGCUGAAGGAGCAUAAUCUGCGUCACGAAGGAGUGAAGAAUCACACCUGUCCGCACUGUGGUUUGCGCAAAACUACCAUGCACGAGCUUCGGCAGCACAUUAAGCACAUGCAUGCCCAUCCGCGUUCCGUUGCGUGCGAAAUGUGUCCGCGGCGGUUCAACGAUGUCGGAAGCUUAAAUAUUCACGUCAGGAUCGUACAUCUCGGCGAAAAGCGCCACAAAUGUACGGUUUGUGAGUGGGCUUUUGGUAGAAGCGAUCAUCUAAAACGGCACAUGAAGUGCCACAAUACCAGUUGAGCUGGACUUUAUAAUUAGGUGGUAUUAUUUAUAAUA